UACACAGCUCAGCUCAGCUCACGUGUUGGCUCGGCUCGAACCCUCCGCCCUACAGGAACCCUGGAGCGAGGAGAUAAGGAGAGGGGCGAUGCUAAUUUUACACAGGAAAAGCAGGAAAUGUGACAGUUUCCUUCAAACAGUGUGAGGCAGUCAGGCUGGCCUUGGAGGGGAUCCUGUGGAAUACAGGGAGGAGGAAAGAAAAAAAAGAGAGCGAGAGAGAAAGCAGUGAGUGGAGUGGAGUGAAGGAGGAAUGUACUAGAGGCUAGAGGAGUGAAAGAGCUGAAGGACCAGAGUGAAUGUGCAUUUCAGCUCCCUUCUCCUCGCUCAGUCCGGACGGAGCGAUGGCUGAUAACAGCACUCAUCCCAUCCUGGAAAUACUUCAGUCCUUCAGCACGAGAGACGUGAUUCUUGCGUUCUGUCUGUCCAUGGUGGUGGGACUCCUGCUGGGUGCUUUGGUGUACGUGGUGCUCACCUGGAUGGCGCGUCGUCGUGCGUCUGCCACCAUCACCCGCAUGCCAUCGUCGCGCUCUUCAGGCCGCCCGUCGUCCCCUCGCACUCGCCCUGUCUUCAGCCGCCAGAGCAGUGCCUAUGACCGGCGCAGCAACAACAGCCUAGCCAGCGCCGCCUUCUCCUUCCAUCGGCAGACCUCGUCUUCACCCAUUGAUCACACCGACCUGCUGGGUCGCAAGGACAGCUUCAGGGCCUCCACCUUCCACCCACUGAUCCAGUGCAGUCAAAUCGCCCGCGACGCCGAGGAAGGAAACCACGGCACCCUGACCAGCAGCCCUGGAGCCACUAACACCACAACCAAUUCCAUGGUCACGCCACCGAGGCCCAGAUCCAGACCCAGACCGGACUCCUUCUGGGGCAACAACAGUCUGAGAGGGUUCAAUGUCACACAGACGCCUCCACCGGCGUAUGACAGCAUCAUACGGGCUUAUCAGGAGACCUGCACUUGAGGGAUGAGGAUAAAAUGCUCCCUUGUGGAGGAGGAAGUUCAUAGACUCGAUGAUAUGAAUUGGGAGCAGCUUUACAAAGCACAGUCUGCAAAACAAAAUUUAAAUUUUUUGUUACUGUCUUUGAGAUAGACAUACAGAGAGAACUGUUGUAUGAAAUGAUUACUGGCACUUAAACUGGACAUGUCACUGUUCCAGAACGUCAAUCACACUCACUAGCAGACUGUAUCAUGAGUGUCAUGACUGAACGCUGAAGACUCAGCACGCAUGGAGUCAUCGUGAUAAUAAAACUGUCCUUUUACAGUACUGUUUGCAUUAUUAAUAAAAAACUGAUUUCGACA